UCUUUAAAGUAUGCGCACUCCAGUUUGAGUCCCACCGCGAACUGCCAGUCAGCUCCACUGGUGUUUACAGGCGAGACGGUAGCCUAUACUAUUGUGGACGUCACGUUGCUAUGGCAACGUAGUAAGGAAGCAUACAACAACGCUGCAAUAUGUCCACCUCUCUGGCCAAAGAAGAAAGGCAGAAGAGACGCACUCUGGUGCUGAGGCCCUCCUCCCGACAAAUUUCAGUAUCAGGUUUACUACAUGGAGUCAACCACAGCACAAGAGACACAAACAGUGUCCUCGGUUCCUCGAGCAGGAAAAGUUUCAGCCUGGGCGGUGGAAGCAAAGUCCUGGACAAGAGCAACAUUCAGACUCCGAGACAAGUUGUUCGGGUGUUUGAUGAAGACGAAAAUGAUGUCACUCCUCAGCCACUGUGCCAGGCAGAUCCCACAGCUGCACAGGUCAAAGCCAGCCGGUUGUUUCUGGAUGAAAUAUCUGCCGGAUCAGUAUCAGAUCAGACAACAGCCAGCGGGAGCUUCAGUCUGCCUUUCUCCAGGUCAAUAUUAGGAAGCAGCAGAAUAUCCAGCCAGUCUACCGUAGAGUCCAUGAAUGAGGAGAUUGAGGAUACAUUUUCCAAACGGGACAUGCCCUUCAUCUUCCCAGAUGUGCAGGAGAAAAGAAACACCGUGAAAGAACAUGUAACAGAGGACAUGUUGAAAGAGGUCACUGAUGUCUACAUCUCUGAGACAGACAGCAUUUCACUACUGGACAUAUCCAGCACCUUUGUGUCAGUGGAUGGUGAUGACGCAGAAGCUGUGAUAGAGAGAAACAAUCAGUAUGCUGAGGUCUGCAGAAACAGAAUGGGCAAUGAUAAGUAUGUGGAUCGAUCAAUGCAGACAUUGAAUGGAGCAGCUAAAAACAAACUGGUUCAGAGUGACAGUACGGUGAUGGUGGAUGCAGCCACAAUUGUUACCACCUGGGAUAUGUAUGACACUUUGAUCAGCCCUGAGCAGGACCGAACACUGUGUAGCACUGACCGAGGGACUGCUGACUAUCCAGAGGCUGUGUUGGACACCAGCAGAGGUGCAGAGAGGAGCGUGUCAGUGGGCAGUACAGUCAGCACAGCCAGUGCUGCUAGCUCACUGAAAGAAGUGGAAGCAUUUGGGAACACUUUAAAUGCUGAGUCAGACCUGCAGCUGAUCAUGCUGUCUGAGAAAUUCCAACACUGCUUACUGGUAAUGGAGAGGACCGUAGUGGGAAACACUUUCCAACCCAAGCUGGCUGCUUACAGACAGCUGCCAGUAAUAGAAGACCCAGACAGUCUGCUGCAGUCUGUGACAGUGGAGCAGGGGGAGGAGGACACAGAUAGCUCUCGAUCUCCAGCCAUGGAGCGUCUCUUGGCUUUCAGCUGUGAGCUCACCAGAGGACGCAGCGUCAGCAGCAUGGCCUGGAACAAGAAGAACCUGGACCUUCUGGCUGUGGGCUACGGUGAGUUUGACUCCAGUAACCAGAAACAAGGCCUGGUGUGCUGCUGGUCUCUCAAAAAUUCCACGUGGCCUGAGCGUGUCUUCCAUUGUGACAGCGCAGUGACUUCUCUGGACUUCUCAUCCAUCAACCCCAAUCAGCUGGCUGUGGGCAUGCAAGAUGGCAGUAUCAAUAUCUACAAUGUGAGGAGCCAAGACAACAAGUCCUGUGUCAUCAGCAGCAGUGAAUGUCCCAACAAGCACUGGGAUCCAGUGUGGCAGCUCAGGUGGACCCAACAAGAGUUGAGCCUGACAGGAGAGGAGAAGGCAGAGUCUCUCUUCUCUGUGGCUGCAGACGGCAGGAUCAGCAAGUGGUUUGUCUGCAACACCGGCCUCGACUGCAUAGACCUGAUGAAGCUCAAGAGGAUUCAUGAUACAAAAAAGAGGACUGGAGGGACCAAGACAGAGAAGAAGACAGAGAGUGUUCAGUCAGCGUUGACUCCUGGUCUGUGUUUUGACUUCCAUCCCACGGAUUCCAGUGUCUACCUGGUUGGCACAUGGGAAGGUCUCAUUCACAGAUGCUCCUGUUCCAACAGUCAGCAGUUUCUGGAGACUUACAGGAAACACCAUUGUCCCGUGAACUGCAUCACAUGGAGUCCACUCAGUCCUGAUGUGUUCCUGAGCUGCUCCUCAGACUGGACCAUCCAGUUGUGGAAGCAGGGCCGCCAAAACCCCGUGUUAGGUUUCACCUCCACCCAGACAGCAGUGUGGGACAUCAAGUGGUCCCCAAAGUGGGCCACAGUGUUUGGAGUCGUUAAUGACAGACAGUUGGAAAUCUGGGACCUGAAUUCAAGCACCUUAGACCCAAUCAUUGUGCAACCUGCUGCUGCUGGUGUGGAGAUGAAGUCCCUGCUGUUUGCCACACAGACAGACUGUGUCCUGGUUGGAGACAGUGAUGGACAAGUAACUGUCUACAAGCUCAGGAACAUCAGUGUGGGACAGAGCAGCCAGGUGGAUAUUCUAGAGGGCAUCAUCCGCUCUGCAACUUCCGGAUAGUUUCAAGAAACAAAGACAGAUGUAUACCCGAGCCAUUACCCAAGGAAGGGUCUCUGUCUGCCAAAGAUGAAUCAGUACAAAUAAAAGUAAAUGUACAGAUGGAUAAGGAACAAAAGUGUACUUUGGCAUCAGUCAUUACUGUACACUGUCCUUUACUGUUGAAAGCAUCAGACUAAACCUAAUGGUCACUGUCAAGGGUUCAUGCUGUAAGGGAAGAGAAAAAAUAAAUCCCUUCAUUUAAUUUACCGCACUAUACUAAUACAUUCUGAUGGUAUUUCAGUCCUAAUCUUCCUAUCCUGUGUUACAGACAUUAUAACAGAUUCCUGUGUAGGAUGAAGGGCUACACUCUGCCCUCCUGAGAUAUGCCAGAGGUAUGGGGACACUUUGUGGCCAGAUUUAGUACAACAGACAGUUGAGUCAUACUGCCUUUAAACAGCCAGAUAGUGUGGAAGUGGUGGAAUGUAACUAAAUACAUUUAAUCAAGUACUGUACUAAAGUACAAAGAUAUUCUUGCAUUUCACUUGAGUGGUGUGGAUCAAUCAAUCAAUCAAUCAAUCAAUCAAUCAAUCAGUCAAUCAAUUUUAUUUAUUAAGCCCAAUAUCACAAAUCACAAUUUGCCUCACAGGGCUUUACAGCAUACGACAUCCCUCUGUCCUUAUGACCCUCGCAGCGGAUAAGGAAAAACUCCCCAAAAAAACCCUUUAAUGGGGGAAAAAACGGUAGAAACCUCAGGAAGAGCAACUGAGGAGGGAUCCCUCUUCCAGGACGGACAGACAUGCAAUAGGUGUCGUACAGAACAGAUCAACAUGAUAAAUUAACAGUAAUCCGUACUACCUCUUGAACUACCUCUACUGUAUGACCUGCUCAGAUGCAGCUGUGAACUGCCUUGGCUUUUUCAGUCCUACACAUGUGAGAGGAAGUCUACUUUCCUCCAACUUUCCCUGCUUCUCCUUCUCUCUUGCUUCGGGUUUAUGCAUCACCACCCAUAAACUAGCAGCUAGCAAACCUUUGUAGAUUGGGACCCCCUAUACCAAAAGACAGGGUCUGGUUGAAACAUUUGAGGUGCCUGUGAGUUUGUUAGACAUCCCAGCAAAAGGACCUUUCACUUAACUCCUCAGAUGAAUUUAUUUAAAUAACUGUGGCCCAAAACUCUUGAACUGUGUUACCCAAAUCAACAGACUAAACAAGAGGACAGAAUCAAGCACUUUGUGUUUGUGAACGUGCAUGUGAGCAAGUGCACACCCACAAACACAUGCGUAUUUUUUUUUUACAGUCAGAAAAUGUCCCCUCCAGAGUUAAAACCAAACCUCUCUCACACACGCGUCUCACCCCUAGGUUGGGAACCACUGGACUUAAGUAGUGAUGGGCAAAAAUGAAUGAACUAAUUCUUUUGAACAAAGCUUGCUUCUUUUUUGUGUGUCAUGUGUAUCGGGUCAGCUUGUUAAGCGUCUAAGUGCUGAUGAACCCACAACUUUUCCCACUCACCGUUGCCAUAGGAUACUGCUUAUGCUGCCCGAUAGCAGCAGACUGAGUGAAUGAGAAGCAACUGAAUCUGACUCCAGUCCAGACAGCCUGGCAGUUACACUCAUGUGGUGUCAUUUGUGAAAUCUGUGAGUAGAUGUGCACAUAAAAACAUUGGUACUAAAAACCUACACCAGAUUCAUGAAUGCCACAGGAAACUUAGAUUUGAUCGUAGGCCCGUGUCUGUGUUCAAGAAUGCCAAUCAAUCAUAAAUUGACAGCGUGCUCCUGCUAGUCAGCAAUUAGCAUACAUCCCCGCCCAUUUAUAGCCAGUGACACCAUAUAUGGAGGUGAUAAUUACUAUGGACAGGUGCAUCCUGUCGACCUGCGAACAUGGAGCAAAGAAAGCGAAAGAGAGAGAAAGAAAAACUUUUCUGACGCUGAGACUGAUGUUAUUUUGGGUGAAGUGUUGAGAAAAACAUUUUACUUUCUUCUGUGAGUAGUGGAGUGACAGGGACAGGUAAAUCAAAGGCCUGGGAGGUAAUGGAUGCCAUAAACUCUGUGUUCUCUGAGAUUACUUCAAGUUGAGCAGUAUGGGGGGUUUUUUGUUUUGUUUUUUUGCCACUCAGUGUGUGGUGUACUUCUGGGGAUAUUUUGGUCAGGCAGCUGUGAACAUGGAGGCAGCUGCCCAGAGGAAGAGAGGCUUUGCUCAGUCAGGCUCCAAAAUAAGGCUGUUUUCUCUCUUCUGCUUAGAAGUAGUAAUGAAUUUACAGCUCAUAACAACUUCAUGUUACACAGUCUCUGGCUUUUGCUUGAUAUCUAAAGUCUAAAUGUUGUUGCACAUUUCCAAUCCAUGUUACAUGGACGUCACUGUCACACUAACAUCCCGCUGAGCCCCGUUCAAACUCUCAUAACUCUAUAUGGACAAAAAGGAACCAACAGUCAUAUAUUCGUACUGAACAGCGAAAUCUGAUUGGACUGACAUAAUUCUAUAUCGGGCACAGCCCUAGAAAUAGAACAGGUGAGCCAUGAAAUACGAUCAGGAACUAAUUUUUCAGGUUAUUGACACUACAUGAAUGCAGCACAAGGCUGCAGAGGUAACUGGACGUCUGCUACUUCGUCCUCAAAGAACAGAUUUUUGGUCAGUAACAUGUCUGCAACAUCAUAUUGAGCUUAAAUGGCCUACCUACAUACAUUUGGGAUGCUGAAUCAAUGCAUUUAAAUUAAUAUUGUAGCUUUAAUAAUUCAAACUUUGCUGUUGAACAUACAUGUGCUAUAAUAAAGUGUCACAGAGAAACUGACACUAUACUCUGCAUAAAGUAUCAAAAGUCAAAAUGUUCGAUACAUUGACAUGAAUCAACUCGAAGGAACUGAUACUAUGAAAAGAAUUAGUCUGCCCAUCGCUGGUUAAAGCUUCACAUGAACACAAAAGUAAUAUACUACUCAUGCAUCAGUAUUAACAAUGUAAUGUCACAGUAAAUACUUGAUACUCUGAUACGUAUCACUUUAAAAUUCUGUACUUAUACUUUAGUAGUAUGUUGAAUCGAGAACUUUAACCACAAUGGUGUUUACUUAAAUCUGAGAACUUCCACCACUAUAUUGUGGCUGUGUUUAUAGAUGAUGGCAUUUACAUUAAUUAUUUUAUAUUUUAGAUUAUUCUUGGAUUCAGUACCACAGGUACAGAACCUCUGAGGAAGGUGAACCCAUCAUGAAGUGAACUAUAAUUUCAUAGAAGCAGCUUCUGUACAGAUUUUUGAGGCUGAGCUUCAUCUGUAGUGCCUGUAUGCAGUGCAUGUGAAAGGUGAGUGGAUAUGAUCAGCUCCUCUUCUCCCCGUUAAUACUCAGCAAUUUAGGAUUUUGCGCCUUUGUCGGACAUUAAGGAAUGUCAUGUUGGUCUUCAGUAGAUUUGAGUAACAUGAGGACCACAUACACAAAAUGUGUUAAUAUUAAAAAACAAACAAACAAAAAAAAGGAGUCAUUGCUGUGUUGUCCCAAACCUUUUAUUGCAGCAACAGAUCAUUUACAGAAAACUGUGACUCUUCAGAUCCCCACAAUCCAUCAUUACUUCACAAUAAUUUAAUCACCAUCUACAGGACAGUAUUAGAGCUGCAGACAACAAUGAGGCAAAGAGACGGGCAGUUUUUAACCAACAACUUUAUUUCUCCAUAACACAGUGGAGCUCAGUCUGCUGCAGCUGUCAUACUGUUUCCAGCAGACACUGUCAGUUAACAACUGCCACCUCCUUUGUCUGGAAGCAAAGCUGUCCAUGCUGUUGCAACCCUUUACAGCAGUACAUGAAAAAGAUGAAACAUCUCUUUCACCAGGUUGCUGCAGUGUGAUGCUCUGCCAUUUGAUUUUAUUGCUCUUCCUUUUCUAUUGUUAGAGAAUAAAAUUUGUCCUGAAGUAGCACAGCCCCUUAAACCUGCCUGUCACAAACAGCUUAUGGCUUUACAAAAAGCUUUUAAAGCAUUUUCAGAAAAUGAAUUUUUUUUAUUUAUUUAUUUCUCCGAGUCCUUUUUAAAAAUGUUCCUUUUAAAAAUCUAGAAGCUCUCUCUUGGUAAAGAUUGUAAUCUUCAAUGUUAAAAAGGUUUUACAGUUCACACUGACUUACAAAGUGUCAGGAAGUAGAAAAGACCAGCUAGUGGACAAGACAUCCUACAAAAACAA